CGCGCUCAGUGUACCCGAGUAUCCCGUGUUGCGUGUGCGCCCACUUGGUGGUGAUCCACACUUUUUCGAUAGAUCCGAAACAUUCAAAAUGCAAGUCUUAUUCGUAACAUGCUUCCUGCUGUUCGCAGCCACCAAUGUUCCUGCUGCAGCGCAAAGGAUAACGACGAUACAAUUGGAUGGAGUACAAUAUUUUAUAUCCAGAAUGAACCCGUAUAGUCCAGAGCUCAACUAUUUUCUAGCGUACCAAUAUUGCAGAUCAUUAGGGCUUCAAUUAGCAUCAUUUGAGACUAAAGAAAAGGCCGACUCAAUUACAACGUACUUGACAAAUGCAGGUUACAAUAAAUAUGACUUCUGGACAUCGGGCAAUAAUCUGGGAACUGAUAUGUAUUUAUGGAUGAGCACCGGGCUUCCCUUCAACGCAACCUUCAAUUACAUGAGGCGUUUAACAAUGGAUCAACCUAGCCAGCACGCUGAUGAUAGUAUGGAUCCUUUGGAUGUACCACAAGGCAGCACUGCCCCUCAACGCACUGCGAGGCAUGGUCUGUUUUCUAGAACCGAGCAUGUGAUGACAAACGGUUGUGUGGCACUCAAGGCACCGACUUUCCAUUGGGAACCCCAGCACUGUGGCGAGAUAAAGGACUUCAUCUGCGAGCAAACGCGCUGCUACUACUACAACUAUGGGUCCAUCCCAGUUUCAUCGGCGCAGGGGAAGCCACUAUCGAUGACGACCACGACAACAGCUCACCCGCUUACGUCGUCGUCGCCACCACCGCCGCGCUCCGAACAUCUCCCCACACAUUUCACUCUCAACGACCUCAUUGGCAAGCUGCGUCCCUCUUCCCUCGACGGCCUUCAGUCUCCUCACCUCAAAACCGGCGCUUUACUCAAGUCUCCCCCACAAAUUGACUCACACUACUCCCGUGCCGCGGACUCCCACUCUAAAGAACCAGAGCGUGAACCGAAAGAGGAACCAACUCAAGGCCCAUAUGAAGACGACGAGGGUAUGGCUGGAGACGAUCCCGCAGCCUUUUUGACCCAGGAGGCUCACGACGCGCCCACCGCCGAAGAGAUGCCUUCCACUGCCGAACCGGAUGCUACAGAGCGGACCGUCCACGCUAGCGGCAUGCUAGCACCCCCUGCCUACUAGCGUUCGGCUCGACACUUUAUAAGUUAAGCCAUUGACGUUUAGUUAUAUAUACUACCAAAAGUAUUAUUCAUUAUUUUCGAGACAUUUAUAUGUAGCGUGAUAUUAAGACAUAUGCUUGCUUUUGAGGUUUCUCGUUAAGCCUCAUUGAAACGUUUCGCGAUGCUGUAUAUGAGAUAUAUGUUAGGGUCACCUAUGUCACAUGUAUAAAUGGCGACCUGUGGUGGGAUUCAUUUUUCACUGGGAUACUUUAUAACUAAUGAAGGAGCUGGCGACUCGCACCGCGACUUGCCUCCGUCUUCGAACCCAAACAAGGUUACUAACAUUCCGUAAAUCACUUCGCUAAAUUAUGCGUAACUAUUUGUGUGCAAGAUCUCUAAAAAUCUUUUUAAAUGCUUGUAUUUUAUGUAUAACGAUCGAUAAAUUAAUCAUUGUUUGACAUAUCAAUCGAAUUAGAUUUAAGAUAGUAUUUGUAAUAUUUGACGUAUCUAGUUAAGUAUUGUAAGGUGAAACUCAAGAAUUUAAAGAAUAGUGAUGUAGCG